AUGGUGAAGCAAGCAAGUCCCAAGCGAAUUAAAAGCUGCAAAACUGUAGUCAGCUCUAACAUUAAACGCCAAUGCAGUAACGCUGAACGGGUGCAAUACUUUUUCAAAUAUUUAGGAUCUUCGCAGGCUCAAUACACUUUAAUGUCUGCAAUUUGGAAUAAUCGCAAAUUCUAUGGGCAUGGCAGAACUGAGGACAUGGCUCGUCAAGAUGUGGUAAAUCAGAUUAGAAAGGAACGCUUACAGAGUACCCAAACUGCAGCCAUUAAUGGGCUACCAAAUUAUCAGCAGUCUUCAAGCUUUCCAGACUAUGUGGAAAACCUGGUUUCGAAUUCUUUUAGAGAGAGGACAAAUGGGCAUCCCGAAGUAGCCGAUUAUAAAGAAUUGGCAGGCAUAGUUUUGACCGAUAGCCUGGGGCAUGAUCGGGUCAUUGCUAUAGCCACUGGUACGAAGUGUAUAAAUGGUGGUAAUCUUGUUCCCAACGGCUGUGUGCUCAAUGAUUCCCAUGCUGAAAUAAUUGCUCGCCGCUGUUUGAUGAAUUUCCUGUACACACAACUCAAAAUGCAUUGCCAUCCCUCAGAGGCGGAGCAAUCGAUAUUCUACCGAACACCGUGGGGCAAAUUCGCACUGAAACCUAAUUACCAUUUCCAUCUGUACAUUACUUCACCUCCAUGUGGCGAUGCCAGAUUUUAUAUACACAACAAAGCAAGUUUAGAUGGGAACCAGGGUCAAUUGCGUUUGAAAGUUCAGGGUCUAGGAGGUAACCCACCCAGCGGCCAAGCGUAUGUCAGGCAAACAUUUGAUGCUAUUAGAAACGGGCAAUCACUGUCUACAAUGUCAUGUUCGGAUAAAAUUGUCCGUUGGAAUGUGCUGGGAGUACAAGGUGCCCUAUUGUCUAGCCUCAUUGAACCUAUUUACCUGAGUUCAAUUGUUUUGGGCAGUAUGUUCCAUAGGGAGCAUCUAUAUCGAGCGGUUUGUGGUCGUUUGCAAAGCAUUUUGUGGGGUGUUCCACAGCCAUUCCGCCUUAAUUUCCCGGAUUUGUUUACAGUGUCAGGCAAACGACCCCAACGUUUCUGUGAACGAACUCCUGCCAUAGGCAUAAACUGGACCAUUGGAGAUCAAGACAUUGAAAUUGUCUCCUUACCUGUGGGUAGGCUAAUAGACAAUCGCAGCUCAAAACUUUGCAAAUACGCCUUCUUUUGCAAAUACAUUUAUUUGCUGAAACAUUUGCCUGGCCUGGACAUACCCAUAAUACCCAUCUAUUCACAAGCGAAAUUAUGCUGUGCCAGCGAUUAUUACUUGGCAAAAUUGAAGCUUAAUAAUACCCUUUUCUAUGAGGGCCUAGGCGUUUGGGUACACAAACCUCCCGAGUUGAAUGAUUUUCACAUAGCUAAUGGUGAUGUAGAGCAUCAAUUUGUAUAG